AUGGACAAGUCAUCUGCCGUCUUAGAGGGCACAUCUGGCGUCGGUCGUGCGUCUCGUAACGUGACCGACCCAUCUGCAACAUCAUCAAGCGCAACAACAGGAAGUCAGAACUCAAAACAAUCCUCUGCCAACAAUUCUGUAGGCCCUUCGCCCUUGGCCUCAAGAGAUUCUUCCCCCACGCGACGGCCUCGAAGGACUGCUUCAGCAAACCGCUUGCCUGGUAAUCGAUCUCGAAAAAACAGCCAAACCGAUAAUAGUCCUUCACGCACGACACGACCAAGCUUGUCCUCCGCUGCUCCAUCACGGUCAUUGUCCUCGACCAACACCCCAACACUUACACCAUCCCAAGAACAACAACAACAACAGAUCCAAGCACCGACCCCACAAAAGCCAGGCUUCAACGCAGACCUUAAAGACAGCCCGCGAUGGCCCGUAUCGCCCCGCCUGCGAUCGCCUCCUCCCCAGUUUAGUAACAGACCAGCAAUUCCUGCACGUCUCAGCGAACAGGAUCUUCCUUCCAUUAGUGUCCAACGACCUACACCGUCGCCGCAGCCUAUGGAGCAACAAACGAUAUCAGAGAGCGAGAUGGAGGAGUCGCAGUAUCCCUCUGGUAUGCGAACUCCAGCUCGCGUAGCGUUGGAAACGGUUCAAGAAGUCAGUUUACCAAACUCUCCCAACCCUCCAAACGGGUCGGCUUUAGUGGAAAGGGUGAAGGAAAAGCUAUCAAGCACCGACAACUAUUCUGAUACCGCACUCCCCGAUGGACGGGCUCUACGAGCAAAGAACAGCUUGCUUGGUCAAGAGAGUGGAAGCGACACCAGCAACAACAAGGCGGAAACAAAAAGACCGACAUCCGUUCCUCCACCCAUAAUUACUCGACAGUCUAGUGCCAUGUCGAAUAAGCAAACGAAGUCGAAGCAGGAUGGAUCCAUACAGACCAUGACAGUAGAGACCGAGACUGUUCCAAGCGUGCCACAGGUUGCGCUCACAACCGCCCAGAAAAGUGAAGGAACAAACGGAACUCUGAAGACGAAACAGAGCACCGAGACAAUAAAACCGAAAAAGGAUAAGAAGAAGGUUACACGCAAACAGCCCCCAGUAAAUGCAGGGAAUGGUGAGCCUGAGCUAGUGACACUGAUAUUGAGGGAUGUUGCUAAUAUCCACCCAGCAUCCUCCAAAGCUGAUGUUUUCGAGGCAACAAUUGCCAGCGCCGUUGACGAAGCAAACACCUCGGAUUCUGAAGAGACCUUUGUUUACGACUCCAACCCUCCAGAUGGCAAUGAUCGGGCUGGACGCCGGUUUCAUUCAAGGACUCCCAGUGCUACAUCUAUGGCUAGCCAGGCUGAUCGCCAGAAUCUGCGAUCCAUUUAUGGUAUUAUGGAGAGUGGAGGACCUGCUCAUGGACCCAAAAAGACGAUGAAAUUCGUCAACACUUUUACCAGCAACGGAAACGAGAGCCUGGCAGUCGAACCCGAUGAUGGCAAGGGCUCUAGCCGCAGUGGUGGCAGUGGGUCAACACGAGGUACGACGAGACACCAUCACCACAUUGGUCGCUGGGGUAGACAACCUGGUAACGGCCAUGCCUCGCUAUUUGAUAAUGAGUCCCCAUUUCCGAAUGCUGCGAGGUCGAAGCUCGCUGGACCUAAUUCUCGCAAUUCCUCAGGGCCACCCAGCCCGCGCAACGCUCACUCCAAUGCUCCACGACAUUUUGGACAUAAACGUUCUGCGAUGCAAAUGUCGUCCAGUUACGAUAUGGAUGACACGACAGGAGCAGAUGAUGAGCGUACACCUCUUCUCGGCUCGGUCCGCUCAGGUCGUUCAGGUCGUUCAGGUCGAAACCGGCGUGGGCCGCACAAUCUGCGACAGGCCGAGUCACAAACUUUUGCAAGACGGUCGUCAUACUUAAACCGGUUUGCGGCAUGCUUAGUACUUACCAUGAUGUUCAUGCUUGUCAUUACUGGCGCUAUCGGCUUCAUGUUUGCUACCUCGCAGCCGAUGACUGGAAUCGAAAUCACUGCUAUCCACAACGUGGUGACCAGCGACCAAGUGUUGAUGUUCGAUUUGACCGUCAAAGCACAUAAUCCUAACAUCGUCGUCGUCACAAUAGACCACGCGAACCUAGAGGUUUUUGCCAAAUCUGAAUAUACAGGAACAGAUUCGGACUGGUGGGCUCGACCUUUCCCUCACGGCCCAGAUGAUAUACGUGUGUCAGACGACCCAGAAAACGACCCUCCUCUGGAUGAUCCCGACCCAGAUGACGACCUUCGACCCAACGUUCUUCUGGGACGGAUCACAGAAUUCGAUAGUCCCCUCACUUUUGAAGGCUCUCUUUUCCAUCAAGGCACCUCUUCUUCAACUGGAGAGAUGCAACUCGAGUACCCCCUGAACAAUACAGUGGGGGGCUCGCGACGUUGGGAGCGAAUUUACCAGAACGAAUUUGACCUGAUCGUUAAGGGCGUGGUUAAAUAUACUCUUCCGAUGAGCGCCCGUAUCCGCAGCGCCACUGUAUCAGGGAGGAAGGCCGUCAGUCCAAAUUCUUCAAAUGAUCCUUCGAACAGUACAAAGGUUGAACCUCCAAACUAG